AUGAAGGCAUGUGUGAUAUUAAUGUUGGUGAUUUGUGCCGCUGUGAUUGCUGAGCAAUCAGAGGCUAAACUAGCCCGGAAAUAUUUAAGUCCCCAUAUCUUUAACCCAUGCCGUCGUCUUAAUCCUCCAGCGGGAUGUCAUCCUCCUCAUCAUGGACCUCGUGUCCCUGCCAACAAAUACCGUCGCGGUUGCUCAAGUAUUCACCGAUGCAGAGGCGGGGU